AUGGAGCCAGAGAAACCACAAUUAUCAUCACGUGUCACCAGGAUAGACAAAAUCCGGAAUGAGUUUGUCAGGGGAAGCUUUAAGGUUCUGCCUAUCACAGAAAAAGUUAAAGAAAACCGCCUCCGCUGGUACGGGCAUAUCCAAAGACGGCCAGAGGACCAUAUAGUAAAGCUAGCCCUAGAUUUGCCACCGACGAAACGGGGACCUGGAAGGUCACCCGCCACUUGGCUUACGACGGUCAAGAAAGACCUAAAACAAUUGGGAUUGGACGCCUGCACAGCUCAAGACCGAGCACAAUGGAAGAGAAGGAUAAGGAGGGCCGACCCCAACAAAAUUAAAUUUACUAUGGAGUUGGAAAAAGACUGUUCUCUCCCCUUCUUAGAUGUAUUGGUAAAAAGAAAUCCUGAUAACACCCUAGGUCGCACUGUGUAUAGGAAACCUACUCAUACUGAUAGGUACUUAAAUGGCAAAUCGCAUCACCAUCCCAGUCAACUUGUUACAGUAGGCAAAUCUUUGUUUCAGAGAGCCCAGAGGAUAUGUGAUGACCAGCAUCUGGCCGCGGAGCUCCAGCAUGCCAGGCGCGCGCUCCAGGCAAACGAGCUCAGGAUACCGCGGGUCAACCAGAGGUCCCACAUUAAGAUCCCCACAGUUGAGCGCAGGCCUGCCAUUCUGCCUUUUGUCAGGGGGGUCACGGACAGGAUCAGCCACAUCUUGAAGCGUGCUUCUAUAAAAACAUAUUUCAAGCCAAUGAAGAAGAUGUCACAAUUCCUGAGGCCUGUAAAAUGCAAUACCCCUCUGCAGACUGCAGGAGUGUACAGGCUGGACUGUGAGUGUGGCCUAUCAUAUGUCGGGCAGACGAAACGGAGCAUUUCCACUCGGGUGAAGGAACACAUAGCUGAUGUCAAGCACCGUCGACCUAGGUCUGCUGUCUGUGAGCAUGUCAUGGAUAAAGCCAAUCACUCAAUCAAGUUUGAUAAGCCUCUGGUUCUUGCCAAGGAGAAGCGUUACAUACCCAGAAUGCUGCGCGAGGCCAUUGAGAUUAAGAAAUAUCCAAACUUUAAUAGGGAAGAUGGCUUUUCUCUACCACCAGCUUGGGAUCCUGUAGUCCACCUGAUAAAGGAGCAAGCGAGACAUAGACUGUGAGACCGUAGUGUUGGAUGAUGCUGGACAUUCUGAUGUUUUGAAAAGAUGUGUCCCGCCGAGUUUGUUGCCGGUCCCAUAUUGGGAUACCCUCCUACAAUUUAGGAGGGAAUUAAAUCUUCUCGGGUCCGUGGUGUAGGGUUGGAGCCGGCAUAGUUUUUUUUUAUCGCGUAUAUAUAUAUAUAUCUUUACUUGAAAAAUAAUUAUAGUGUAUAACUAGCCUUAUGAACCGAUUUUGCAUGUACAACCAGCCUUAAAGUUUGUAGUCUAUGAUUGUUCAUUAUUUUAGUAUGUGGGUAUUUUUGCAUUUUGUAAUUUUUCCUCAGUCACCCGUUGACCACGAACGCUGUAAAGAGUUCGAAACG